GACGGAUCUUGAGUCGCGCUCCUCCGGCGGAGCCACCGUUCUCUUCACGCCAUCGCCGAGCUCUCUCUGUGAUUCCUUUGGGAUCGAUGGAGGUCGGAGGCGCGGGGAUCGGCCCGAGCCGCGCCUCGAACGGGCCGGCGGCGGCGGCUGGCGGGGGCGGGGGCGGGGGCGGCGGGGGCGGCGGCGGCGGAUCGGCCUUGAUCUUUCUGGGGACGGGGUGCUCGAGCGCCGUCCCCAAUGCGAGGUGCCUGAUCCAGCCGUCGGACCCGCCGUGCCGCGUCUGCUCCCAGUCGCUCCUGCUCCCGCCGGAUGCUAACCCUAAUUACCGGUGCAAUACUUCUCUUCUUAUUGAUUACUGCCCGAAUAAUACUAAGCAUAGCUAUAUAUUGAUUGACGUUGGGAAGACAUUCAGGGAGCAAGUAGUUCGGUGGUUUACAUUAUAUAAGAUUCCUUGUGUCGAUUCAAUAAUCUUGACUCAUGAACACGCUGAUGCAGUUCUUGGUCUGGAUGAUGUUCGUGCCAUACAACCUUUUAGUCCCACGAAUGACAUUGAUCCAACUCCUAUAUACUUGAGUCAGCAUACAAUGGACAGCAUUGCAGAGAAAUUCCCAUACUUGGUUCGGAAGAAAUUUAAGGAAGGUCAGGAGGUGAGACGAGUUGCACAGCUUGAGUGGAAGGUUAUUGAGGAAAAUUGUGAGAAAUCAUUUGUUGCUUCAGGCCUGCAAUUUUUUCCCCUACCGGUGAUGCAUGGAGAAGACUAUGUAUGCCUUGGAUUUCUUUUUGGAGAAAAAUAUAAGGUAGCUUACAUAUCUGAUGUAUCUCGCUUCCUCCCAAGCACAGAGCAAGUUAUUUCCAAAAAAGGGGUUUGGCAGCUGGAUCUUCUUAUCUUGGACACUCUGUACAAGGAAGGAUCUCAUAAUGUUCACUUUUGCUUGCCUCAGAGUCUUGAAGCCAUCAAGAGGAUAUGUCCAAAGCAAGCUCUACUAAUUGGAAUGACUCAUGAGUUUGACCACGACAAGGACAAUGAAUCUCUUAUUGAGUGGUCAAGAAGAGAAGGAAUCAAUGUGCAACUGGCACGCGAUGGCUUGAGGGUUCCCAUAGAUCUGUGAUGAUUGGCAAGAUCGGACAUUGAGUUGUCAGAUUAGGAGUAUAUAUGGUUCCACAACCCACAACCCAUGUUGGGUCAACGGGAUGACGCCCACGCUCAAGCAGUUACGUGAUUUAUUGUCCUGGCCCAGUUUCAAAUUGAUUUGGAAGGUGCUUCACGUAGCGAAGGGCACCCUGCUGACUAACGAUCACUAUAUCAUUACCAUGUUGCAUUGCUAAUGCUCUGAGAUAAAGGAGUCUGACGCCUUAGCAUAGUGCGGUUUGUACGUGUUCUGUAACAUUGAUUGAA